GGGCGGCGGCGGCACCGGCGCGCGGGGAUGGAGCCGCUGCGGGUGCUCGAGCUGUUCAGCGGCCUGGGCGGCAUGCACCAGGCGCUCAGAGAAAGUUGCAUACCCGCAGAAGUUGUUGCUGCUGUUGAUGUGAACACUACCGCCAACGAAGUCUACAAACACAAUUUUCCAAGUACACCUUUGUGGGCAAAGACAAUUGAGGGCAUAACACUGAAGGAGUUCAACAGAUUAUCUUUUGAUAUGAUUUUGAUGAGUCCUCCCUGUCAGCCAUUUACAAGAAUUGGCCUGCAAGGUGAUGUAUCUGAUCCAAGGACAAAGAGUUUUAUUUAUAUCCUUGACAUUCUCCCAAGGCUACAAAGACUGCCAAAAUUCAUACUUUUAGAAAAUGUCAAAGGAUUUGAAAUCUCUUCUGCCAGAAAUGAAUUUGUACAAACUCUAGAGGCAUGUGGAUUUAAAUAUCAAGAAUUUCUCUUGUCUCCAACAUGUCUUGGCAUUCCAAAUUCUAGACUGCGAUAUUUUCUGAUUGCAAAGCUUCAUUCAGAGCCAUUUUCCUUUCAAGCUUCAGAUCAGUUAUUGACGUAUUUCCCAGAUGAGGAGUCAAAUAAUUCAGUGAAAUACAAAGUUCCUCUAGGCUUAGAAAAAGACAAUUCAUCCACACUUACUGAAGAGGAAAACCUUGAGCCAAACUCUGGUUUUGAUUGUGGUGAGAGGCAGUGUUCAUCAAAGGAAGCCUUUCUUUUUAAACUUGAAACAAUGGAAGAGAUGAAAAGAAAGCAGAACCAGGACAAUGAUUUCUCGAUGCAAGUACUAAAAGACUUCCUUGAAGGGGACAGUGAAGAAAUGAGCCGGUACUACUUGCCACCCAAAUCCUUACUACGCUAUGCUUUCCUAUUAGACAUUGUUAAACCCACCUGCAGAAGGUCCACAUGCUUCACAAAAGGGUACGGACACUAUGUAGAAGGAACAGGCUCAGUGCUGCAGACAGCAGAGGAUGUGCAGCUUGAGUCAGUGUUCAAAUCUAUUGAGACAUUAUCAGAAGAAGAGAAGCUUAAGAGACUGUUGACGCUAAAACUGCGAUACUUUACUCCUAGAGAAAUAGCAAAUCUCCAUGGAUUCCCUCCAGAAUUUGGUUUUCCUGAAAAGAUAACAGUGAAGCAGCGCUACCGUCUCCUAGGAAAUAGUCUCAAUGUACACAUUGUGGCUAAACUGAUUUCACUUCUGAUCAGAUGAUUUUGAACCUGAAUUUGAUGAGGAGUACUUCUGUCAGUCCUGCUAACUCAGAAUAUAACUUCCUUUGAGUAACAUAAUGAAGCAGAUGGCAGCUUUACAAAAAUCAUUGCUAACUCAAAUCUCUGUCUGGAAUGGCUAGAUAUAUCCUGCUGAACAUUUGUAUUUUAAUGCAUUUAUUUUAUUGAACAUUUGAGCUGUUGGAGCAUACAGGCACACUAUUAAAUGUAUACUGCCAACACCUUGAUUGUUUUACUUAUAUUUUAUUUUUAGUUUGUAAAAUAUAAACUAUAGCAUUUAUGUGUCCCUCUUAGAACUGUCAUAUUACAUCACAAACGUUGGUCUAGAAUAUAAAACAGAUGUGAAUGUUAAGUAUGUAUUUGUUCUGCAUUCAGGAUAUAGUUUACAACUGAAAGUAAUAGCUUAAUGUGUUCUUAUGAGGUUUGUUGUAAAAGUUGUCUAAUACUGUAUUUUUAAUGCUUUUAUAAUACCAGUACUUUAUAUAUUUUUAAAUAGACACAAUGUUGAUUGUAAGUGUCUGUCUAAUCUUUGUAAGUACUUAUGUCCUCAGAUCACAGUUGUGUUUGUGGCAUUUAGGAACAACCCAUGAAAUAUGCUUUGAGGUUAUUAGAGCCCUUGCAAUGCUCCUACUCAUCAUGUUCUAGCUUAUCUUUUUUCCUUCUUUUAAUGUAUUUUUUCAGUAUGAGUUAAAUUAGGUAUUAUCCUCUGCAAGAUAUUUAUUUUAGGGAACUCUUAUGUUUCCUUUGGUUUCUUUAUAUUGUAUAAAAGCACCUGCAUGGCAUAAAAGAGCCCUUAAAGCCCUGUGUCCUGUUGCAGGAGGAUUUCUUUGAUUAUAGUAACCAGAACAAAGUUAUUAGGAGGUCAUUCAAGAACCCCUUCACAGACAUGGGGGCAGAGCUGCAGGUAGUUAAUGUUUGUUGGGGUAAGGCCACUACAUGAAGCGCUGGAUGUUCUGCGUGGUGCAGCAACUCAUAAGCAGCUGGAGACAUCCUGCCGUUAUUAAGGCAUGGACAAAUGUAUGCAUGCUUGGAGUGGCUU